UAUAGUCCAUUAAUGACGCUGACAGACGCCAUUUUUCUUUGCUGUCUGCAAGGCAAAACAAAGGAUAUUUCUGGGCUUGUCGGUACAUGUUUGGGCGUAUAUUGAUAAAUUCUAGACGAUCUGGAAGAUUUGUCCACACGUUCAGGACACUUAAGUGCGCAGACGACAUGAGUAAAAGAAAGGGAAUCGCCGAUAACGUCAAUUCAGACUUCUGCGACUUUCUGACUGAACUGGCCAAUUAUGAGAAGAAUGUCAACCGGCAGAUGCACAAGUACAAUGCUUACAGGAAAGCUGCGAGUGUGCUGGCCAAACAUCCCACAAGAAUAAGGAAUGGCACAGAGGCUAGAAAGCUGGAUGGAAUUGGAGAGAAGAUUGCCAAGAAAAUCGAUGAGUUUGUCCAAACUGGGACAUUGCAAAAGCUAGAAAAGAUCCGAGCCAGUGAUACAAACCAGGCCAUCAACCUCCUGACCAGAGUGACUGGAAUUGGACCUGCAGCUGCAAGGAAGUUGGUUGAUGAAGGCAUAACAACCAUUGAAGAUCUCAGGAAGAACCCAGGCAAGCUCAACCACCAUCAACAACUUGGGCUCAAGUAUUUUGAAGACUUUGAGAAAAGAAUUCCCAGAGAAGAAAUGCUUGAAAUGCAGUCACUGAUUCACGGGGAGAUCAACCAACUGGACAGUGACUAUGUGGCCACCAUCUGUGGCAGCUUCAGAAGAGGUGCAGCAUCUUCUGGUGACAUUGACAUCCUUCUGACUCACUCAUCUUACUCUAGUGGGGAUAAGAAAAAGCCUGAGCUUCUGAAGGAGGUUGUCCGUCAUCUGGAGAAAAGCAAGUUUGUUGUGGACACCAUCUCUCUGGGAGACACCAAGUUCAUGGGUGUAUGCAGACUGCCUGCUGGGAAAAGUAGUAAGGAGAGAGUCUUCAGGAGAAUUGACAUCAGACUAUUGCCCAAUGACCAGUACUACUGUGGAGUGCUGUACUUCACUGGCAGCGAUGUCUUCAACAAGAAGAUGCGAGCUCAUGCCUUGGAGCAGGGCUUCACUCUGAACGAGUACACCAUCCGACCCCUGGGCAGCACAGGUGUGCCAGGGGAAGCCUUGCCUGUCAGCUCAGAAGAAGACAUCUUUGAUAUCAUCGAGAUGAAGUACCUGAAACCAUCACAGAGGAGCGAAGGCCAAUAACAACCAGGCUCCAAACAUCACUCAACACCCCUGCAUUUCGGUGGUAGCAUCCAGUCUGUCACUGAAUUUGGAUCUUUCUAUUGUUGUAAAGGGGGUGACAGUUCGGAACAUUGCUUGGUAUUUGUGCAUUUGUACCUAUUCGUGAAAGGGGAAGUUAAUCUUCUGGACUUGCCAUGUUUAAAAAUGUGGGUGAAGCUUAUGUCAAAUCAAUCAUUGUUUUUUCCAAGAAAUUCAUACAUAGACUUCAACACUCUUUCUAAGUGAAGGUCUUACAUGUUCCCAAUGAUUACUGUACAGUUAAACAUGAAACAGCUAGGGUUUGUUUUAUGUCACUACUAUAAUAGUCAUUUUAUAUCAUGCCAGAUAGAGCAGAGAAAUUGUGAAGCAUAAGUAUUUGUAAUGUAUUUUGCAGGAAAGCAAUGUCACAUCAUUCUGUUUGAGAUUUAAUGGGAGUCUGCAACCUCAAAACAGUCUUCACUUUCUUGACUGUUACGAAAACAGAAAGAUAACCAUUUGACUUAUUCUCUUCAAAUGCCAUUGUUGUU